CCAAGGCGGUUGUGACGCGGAUACUUGGGGUCGCGAACCGUCGCCCGCUCCUGUCCCCAUGGCGUCCGCCUCCCGCGCCCCGGAGAAGCUCCGGCAGAUCCUGGUCCUCAACCCGCCCAAGGUCCUCAAGUUCAAAGGCCCCUUCACCUCUGUAGUCACCAGGCGUCUUAAAUUGCGCAACCCGUCAGAGAGGAAAGUGUGCUUCAAGGUGAAGAGCACCAGCCCUUGCUGCUACUGCGUACGUCCCAGCAGCGGCGUCGUCGAGCCAGGCUGCACAGUGACUGUGGCCGCCAUGCUGCAGCCCUUCUGCUAUGACCCCAGCCAGGAAGUCAAGCACAAGUUCAUGGUGCAGACAGUGUUUGCUCCCUCGGACACUUCGGAUCUGGGGGCCGUGUGGAAGGAGGCAAACCCAAGUGAACUCAUGGAUUCGAAAUUGAGGUGUGUGUUUGAAAUACCUGAAGAAAGUGACAAGCAGGAUGAAGGCUUGAGGCUGAGAAAGGCAGCCAGUCGCAACAAGCCUUGGCUUGCCUCUUCCAUGUCCUUGAAUCAGAGUCACACUCCGCCUCUUCCUGUUGUUCUGCUUGUGAUUGGAGCAGUUUUCAUUGGCUUCUUUCUGGGGAAAUUCAUCUUGUAGAAUGAGGCAGGCACCGCAGUAUUACCCCUUCCCCACAAUUUGGACCAGAAAAAA